AUGAACACAAGGAAAUUGUUUUUAGUUACUGGAAAAAUGCUUAUUUCCUUUGGCAUCCUAAGCCUCAUUUCAGGAAUUAUUGCCUUUUUUCCUGUUUUUUCGUAUAAACCAGGGUUUGUUGGAUGGAGCGUUCGCAUUGCUUCUCCCAUCUGGAGUGGAUCUAUGGCUGUUAUUGCAGGUGUCCUUAUUACUCUGGCUGAGAAACAAUGGACCUCAAGAUACUUGUGGGAGGCUGCUUUUGCCUUUAGCAUCUUCAAUGUCAUCAGCUCUCCUCUUCAAGGCACUAUUGCCAUGGCAUCUCUCCUUCUAGGCCCCUAUUGCUAUUAUUCUUUUGCUGGGGUUUCAGGUACAAACUAUCUCAGUUAUGCCAUUUCAUCAGUUUUUCCUUACGGCAAGUUUGCUUCUUCGUGCAAAGAUCCAUUACAUUAUGAGUGGUAUCACCUGGUGCUGCAAAUGGUGGACUUCAUCUCUGGCCUUGCCAUUCUAAGUGCAUCUUUGACAACUGUGGUCAAGCUCACAGCAAGACUCUUCCACUUUGGACAUUUAAAUGUGAGUAUUAAUCCAGAGCUGGAGUAG